UACCCGUGUGCACCUUCCACGGAGUCACAGAGCUGAGUGGCACCCGCAGCAGAAGCCAACAUGAAUCCUCUGAUCGCGUGUAUGAUCCUCGGAAUGGCAGGACUCGUCCUGGCCGAGCCACCCUCCGGCUACGCCUACCAGAGGCCUAGCAACUUCGGUGGAUUCGGCGGUGGUUCUAUCGGUGGCGGCGGCGGUGGCGGCUACAGCCAAGUAUCCACCGGCGGCUAUCAAUCCAGCGAAGGCGCCAACGUCGACCCCCAGCUCCUUGAACAGCUCAAGGCCAUCAUUAUCAAAGAAGAGGCUUCGAGUGGCGGUGGCGGUGGCGGCGGUGGCGGCGGAUACCCAGCCCCCAGCUCGAGCUACGGUGCCCCGAGCUCCAGCUACGGUGCCCCCAGCAGUGGAUACCCCAGCUCUAGCUACGGUGUCCCCAGUACCAGCUACGGAGUCCCGGGCUUCAGCGGUGGACGCGUUGUCGGCAUCGAUUUCGAGGGAAUCCGCCAGGGAAUCGAAGUCGCUCAGCUCCACCAAGUCAGCCAAGGCUCUAGUGGCAAUGGCUACCCAGGAUCAAGUGGCGUUGGCUACCCAGGAUCUAGUGGCAAUGGUUACCCGAGCUCUAGCUACGGUGCACCAGGACCGAGCCGACCCAGUAGCGUCUACGGCGCCUUCUAAAUCACGACCUAGAGGAUGAUAAGAGGAGGACGGAUGCUCAUGACCCUGAUAGAAAUUCAGCUAUUUGGCGUUUGACGAGGAUCAGCUAUCGAUCGCAGGAGCACACGACACGCGUCGUUAUCCUCCACCCUGACCUUUGUCACGAGCUUUACCAACUUUAGCCGCUCCAAAGGCUGAAUUUCUAUCAAGAACAUGCAUGGAUUCAACGAAGAGAUAGAGAUGUAGAGAGAUAAAGAGAUAGAGGAGGGAAGCCGAUCUAAAGAGGAAGGAAAAAAUCUAUUGAAAAACGAAAGAAAAGAAAAAUAAAUAAAUAACGACGACAACAACAACAACAACGCGUCCAAGGGUUGCGAACUUUUCAAAACUUUAACCGUGUGUAGCCGAGUGAUCGAUACCAUUAAAGAUGAUAAUCCAAGAUUUUUAAACAUGAUUCUUCAACAUCCACGUUGGAAGGUCGUUACCCUUGUUUCAUAAAGAUCAAUGGUUACGCUUUGCCAUGGCUCCGUCACGGGCAUCUUUUCGUUAAAAGUUCAUUAAAAAAAAAAAAUUACUGUGCUAUCAAGGUGUUGAAUUAUCCCGUACGAAGUCGACCUCGACAACAUCCGAGGAUCAAGAAAGCCGCAGAUGUUAAAAAGAGUAAAGGAACAUCGUAAAUAAGUUCUCGCAAUAAUGAGAUCAACGAAUAUAUAUAUAUAUAUAUAUAUAUACAUGAAUAUAAUACAGUCGCAGAAGGACGUCGCGUUACGAAGAUAAGACGACGACGAUACCGCAAACGAAGCCAAUGAAACAGACGAAGUCUGGAGGAAACACGAAAACGGGAGAUGAUUAUAAUUAUUAUUACUUACGUGAUUAGCGCUCGAGCGCUUUGUAAAUAUACGAAAUAUUACACGAAGUACUCACGAAUACACCACCCUUGCGUGUACAAUAGCGUGUUCGUGUUCAGCUAAAUGCCAUUAACGGAUGGAGAUUCGAAUAGUCGGAAAGAGGAAGAGAGACGGUUCGAUUAAGAUAAACAUCGAUCGUAAAGACGGUCCAGGCAACAUCCGAUCAGAAGAAACAUAGCCAAACACGACAUACGCGUAUACGCACACAA